AUGGCAGAAGCAAAAACGAACUCUCAAAUGCCUACCUUCUCACCUAGCCGAAGCUCUUCUUCACGUCUUCUCUCUCGUCGUCUCCUCUACCCUUCGUCACUCGAGUAUGAAGAACAAAAUAAUACAAUGUAUUUUGAACUGAUUCGUUGGUUUCUGUUUCUUGUUGCUAUUAUUGUUCAGGUAAGCGACAGUGAUGAAGAAGCUCUUGAUGAAGUUGAUGAUGAUGCAGAGGAUGAACAUGAAAAUGACUCUGAAGCACCACUGCAAGCUGAACCUGUUCAGAAUCCUUCUGGAGCUCCUUUGCCUCCUAAAGAAUCAGAAAGGCAGCUUUCUAAGAAAGAACUGAAGAAAAAGGAGCUUGAAGAACUUGAAGCUGUUCUUGCAGAGUUAGGAUGCAGUACUAUAAGUGAGAUUGGUGGCCAAGAUGAUGCCCAUGGUGCUGCACGAGAGAAGAAAGAAGAGAACCUCAAUGGGGAAGUGGACAAGAAGGAAAAUGCUGGGGAGAGCAAGUUUGGGAGAAAGAAGAAAAAGAAGGAUAAAUUGAAAGAGACAAGAGAAUCUCAGGACCAGCCCGACGGAUCUGACGUAGGAAAUGUUGCAGAUGAAACUGUUGAGGCUGAGAAGGCGGAAGAUUUAUCUGCUGUUGAUGUCAAGGAGAGGCUAAAGAAAGUGACGUCCAUGAAGAAGAAGAAAUCGAGCAAAGAGAUGGAUGCCGCCGCCCGAGCCGCCGCAAGUGAAGCCGCCGUAAAUGCUAAGCUUGCCGCUGCAAAAAAGAAAGAGAAGAACCACUACAAUCAACGACGGUUCGGUAAUUUGGCCGCUUUGUUCUUUUUCUUUCCUUUUUAUAUAUGAGCAUGUACUUUUUGUUCAUUUGUUGAACCUAAAAAUAAGCAUUUAGGAACUGGUUUUGCGAACUUGAAUGUCCACAAGAAACUUGUUUUUACUUGAAAGGGAUGACUAGUUAAAAAACUAGUUAACAUACCAUGUAUAUUACCCACAUAACUCCAUUUUUAUCCUUGCUCCCUUUUGCUA